UAAGAGGCUGAGUACGAUAAUCUGGCACCGUAGGAUGACAGGCGAGUGUUGAUAGGGCGGCGGGCGGCAACAGCUGAGUCAGGCCGGUCACGGGACACACUUGGGCGCCACACUGAGAACAGGACACGACACAAAGCCAGGACGAGAGGGAACAGGAGUGUGAAGCCAUGAUGGAGUGGCUGAGGCUUUUCACAGUGGUGGUGGCGAUGACCAUAGCAGGAGUGGUGGCCGACACCCCUGCCAACUGUACCUUUGAUGAUAUUAGGGGGGAGUGGACCUUCUAUGAGACAGAACGCACAGGAGACUCCAGCAUCGACUGUACAAAUAUGGGCCCCAUCAUCCACAAGAAGACAGUGACCCUGAUGUACUCAGAUGAUAUGGUGGAUGAAUUUGGCAACGAAGGUUUCUGGACUAUGAUCUACAACCAGGGCUUUGAAGUGCGCGUGUCUGGGAGGUCCUACUUUGCCUUCUCCAAGUAUGAAAAGAGCGGUAAAACAAUUAUAUCAAAGUGCGAUGAGACGUUCACCGGUUGGUCAAGGGAUCUUACCGUCAGGAACUGGGCGUGUUUCCGUGCAGAGAAGAAAAUCAAGGUGGACUACAAGACCCACACCCUGACCUCUGCAUAUGAGGAGGACACCCCUUACCGCUAUGAUAGAGACUUUGUGGAGAGGAUCAAUGGCAUACAGAACAGCUGGAAGGCCACUGUGUACCCAGAAUAUGAGAAAAUGACCUUGGGAGACCAUCUGAAGCGGGCUGGAGGCAGAGUGUCCACAAUGAUGACUGGCGCCAAAGCAAAAAGGCGCAGCAUCUUCACACACCUACGCAAAUCUGAUGUCCCCGAGAGCUGGGACUGGCGCUCCGUGGAGGGCAUCAACUUCGUCUCCCCUGUCAGAGACCAAGGGAACUGUGGGUCAUGCUACGCCUUUGCUUCGAUGGCCGGCCUUGAGGCUCGGGUCAGGAUCCUCACCAACAACACCGAACAGCCCGUCUUCUCCCCUCAGGACAUUGUGGGCUGCUCCAAGCUGUCCCAGGGCUGUGAAGGAGGCUUCCCUUACCUCAUCGCUGGCAGGUACGCGCAGGAUGUUGGUGUGGUGCUUGAGAACUGUUCACCAUAUGAGGGCAAGGACGACAUUUGCCGCACCGAUCCUCACUGCGCCCGUCACUACACUGCUUCCUAUAGAUAUGUCGGAGGCUACUUUGGCGCCUGUAAUGAGUAUGAGAUGAAGUCGGCUUUGGUUCGGGGUGGGCCUCUGGUGGUGGGUCUGGAGGUGUACAAUGACUUCCUCCACUACAAGGGUGGCAUCUACCAGCACACCGGCCUGCAGGACCGCUUCAACCCCCUUGAGCUCACCAACCAUGCCGUGCUGCUGGUGGGGUACGGUGAGGACAAGUCAGGCACCAAGUACUGGACGGUCAAGAACUCAUGGAGCGAAGACUGGGGCGAGGGAGGAUAUUUUAGGAUUCUUCGUGGCAGUGAUGAGUGUGCCAUCGAGUCCAUGGCCUUGGAGGUUGUGCCGAUUCCUUAAAAGGUAUUCCUACAGUAUUAGACGAACAGCUGUCUUAGGAUGACCAGUGUUGUGUAUGCACGUUGAGGUGCUGAAUCUUAAUCUGAACUAAAUUUCUUUUGCGUUGUGAUCAAAGGGCAUUACUCAGCCUUUAUAUACAGACUUUGUUUAUCAUGCUGUUCAGUCUUACACAUUAGUACUGCUUUGUUGGAGGGUGAAACAUGUACUCACCUGAUGCUUAGUGUUCAUGAUAUUCUCAGUGUUUUUAGAGAUUAUUGUUUUAGCAUUAUGGUUUUUACCUAGUGUUCCUGUAUGGGAGUGGCCACUGUACCUGAGAUAUAUUUGAUGAUGUGUAAGCUUAACAUACCACAGCUGUUGGUGAUGUCUUUAGUUGAGCAAGGAGAAUAAUCCACUUAUAACCACUUCCAUAAGAGCUGUCGCUGCUGUACCUGUGAUGUAUUCCUCUGUUGAUGCACCCGAGAAUUAAUUGUAGAGGAAUGGUUAUAAGCUCAACAUGCCACAGCUGUUGGUGAUGCCACUUUUAGUUGAGCCGUAAGAACAACUUAAUCAUAAGAGUGUUAUGAGGUGUGUCUCCAAGUUGUAUAUUUUUACUCUUUGGAUAAGUUUACCAUGGCCUCUCAUAUACAGGCAUUUAAGUAUUAGUCAUAGCUGUUGGUGAUGCCUCAUUUUAACUGAGCAGUAAGAACAAUUUAAACAUAAUAGCAUUGUGAGUUGUGUCUCCAAGUUGUAUUAUUUUUUUACCUUCGGAUAAGUUUACCAUGGCUUCUCUUAUACAGGCAUUUAAGUAUUGGCACUGAGGGUUGGUUAGCUGGUUACUUAAUCAUAAUCAGGGCAGUACUCAAAAAGGUGCUGAUGUCUUUCUGUUAAGCCGAAGGAGUUUGCGAAAGCCUGGAUGACUCAGGUUAGCUGAUGCUCUCUCUCUGCUACCUCUCAUAUGCAUUUCACUGCGUUAUGUUGACAGCUUGUUCAUAUGCGUUGUGAUCAAAGGGUAUUACUCAGCCCUUAUAUACUGGCUUCAUUUAUCGUGGUAUUCGGUCUUCCAAAUUAGUAUUGCUUUGUUGGAGGCUGAAACAUGUAUACUCACCUGAUGCUUAGUAUUCAUGAUAUUCUCAUUGUUUUUAGAGAUUGUUUUGGCAUUAUCUAGCCUUACUUUGGUGCAUUUCUCGGUCAUCCGAAGGUAAACAUUGGAUGACUGUUCAGUGUUGUAUUUUUGUCAUUUUCCUGAAGAAAUGUGUGAUAAAGAC